AUGACACCAAUUAAAAAGGCAACAGACGUUUACUUUACUUUAAACAAUGGUAUCAAGAUUCCUGCUUUGGGAUUAGGUACUGUCCCUUCAGAUGACCCUAGCGAUGUGAAGGAUCAAGUGAUCACAGCCGUCAAAGCUGGAUAUCGUUUGAUCGAUACUGCGUGGUAUUAUGGUACUGAAAAGUAUGUGGGACAAGCACUUAAGGAGUUGUUUGACGAAGGUGUAGUCAAGCGUGAAGAUAUUUUUAUCACCACAAAAGUGUGGCCAUCCUUCUAUCAUAGUCCCGAAAAGUCUUUGGAUCAAUCUUUAGAGACAUUGGGUUUGGACUAUGUCGAUUUAUUUUUGCAACAUUGGCCAGUUGCACUUCACGGUGACGAGAAUGGACAACCAACGGCACCAAAGGAUAAGGAUGGAAAUUUGAUAUACGACGAUGAUCCAGCAACUGGCACAAAGUUUAUUGAAGUUUAUCAUAAGCUUGAGAAAAUCUUGGAUGAGACGAAAAAGACAAGAGCAAUUGGUGUUUCCAAUUAUUCCAUUCCUAAAUUGAAGCAAUUAUUGCCAACAGUUAAACACGUCCCAGUGGUGAACCAAAUAGAGUACCACCCAGAAUUGCCACAGCAAGAUUUAGUGGACCUUUGUAACGAGCACAAGAUAAUUGUAGAAUGUUAUUCACCAGUUGGUGGUCCAGGUGCGCCUGUGUUGAAACAACCUUUGGUUCAAGAGCUUGCAAAGAAGUAUGAUGUUUCAACCAAUGAGAUUGUGGACGCUUACCAGAUUUUGAACGGAAGAAUUGCAAUUCCAAGAUCGUCAAAUUUGGAAAGGAUCAAAUCGAUUACAAACUUGCCAGACUUGAGUAAAGAAGAAUUGGACGAGUUAUACCAAAUUGGUGUGAAUAAACCAACAAGAUACACCAAUGACCCAUGGGGAUAUGGCCUUGGGUUCCGCUGGUGGCAAGGUGAUGACAAGAGUAAAACAUUUACAUAA